AUGUUUGACGGUUCUAUUAAACCGCAGAGGGUGAUCCGGCUCUCCGGGGCCUCUUUCAUGGCCCAGAAUUCCAUCAAUCGCAGAAACCAAUCCCGAUUUGACUUAUAUUCUUCCAUUAGAAAUAAGUCUGCUAAGCGAAUUAAGGAUUCUUUGCAAUCGCGGCUUUAUUUAAAGAGGGAUGUUAAAGAAUUGGUUGCUCUGUUCGAUUCGUACAUUAACGACGUUGAGUUAUUCUUUAAGGACCCGAACAUCGCGAAUAAAUAUUCUCUCAACAAUAUAGUUUCCUACCAUCCCAUUUGCAGGCUAGUUAGGCUAACAACAGCAAUUUCUAAAUACUAUCCUGAUUCGUGUACAACAUCGUCGAGGUACGAGCCUGUAAAAUACUUAGUUAAUUGGUUUAAUAUUUCAAAUGUACAAUAUUCCUUUGUGUUUUUAUCCGAUAAUGAUCAGACGAAGCACCAGUUCAUUUUAUUAAUCUCAAGAUUUCUUAAGUUGUUUUUUCCAGAGAGCGCCAAUUCGGGCUUAGACUACCAGAACUUUGAAGUUGGAAAGCUGACCGUUUCUACCGGCGCCCUGAGAGAAAACGAGUUGCUGUUCUGCAGACUCAUUAAAAUCGUUAUUUCCACGCUGACAACAGAAUGGUACCCCGACGUGUUGCGAAGGUUCGUUUUAAACGACACGCAGUCGGAGCUGAACCUGUUGGAGCUGCACAGGUUUCUGAAACCGUUGAUUAGUGACAUUAAGGAGGCAUUCUGCCUCUUGGUUAGAUUCUGGUCGGUCCCAGUCUUCACGCACUUGCCAGACGAGCUGCUGCUCGAAGUCGUGAAGUCGACGAUACACGAGAACUUCUUGGUGGGAUGCUCAGGCAUAGGAGACUGCACACGCUCGAGUGUAAAGCCCUCGAGUAAACCCAAGUUUAUCCUUGACGAGUUGCUACACCGUCUUCUCAAAGUGUGCAACAAGAAGCUGCCCAUGGACGUGACUCUGAACACGGGAAAGAUGAACAUCAUAAGGGCGAAUCUGACCGCUGAGAUUGAAUCGGACCUGCUGGACAACCAUUUAAACAUCCUGCACUGCUACGUGAACGAUUCUAGUUACCCUGCAUACUAUAACGUAUUCUUUAACCUGCUGAGGCUUUUGGAGCGGCUGGUGGCACUGGAUAUCGUGGCGCAGAAGAAUUUUUCGAAGCACCUCGAGGCGAUUUUUAACGUGUUGUUAGUGGCAUUUUACCACUUUCCAGAGCCUCCGAACCUGUACCAUCUCCAGACGAGGCAGUUCUUCUGGACGAAGCUCCUGUGCCUGCCUAACAUACCCAGGGACCUCGUGCUGAUCAUAAUACAGCUCCUGGUCCCGGUGCACCAGAAGAGCCACUUUGUGAACGAUUGGCAGGCGUACACAGUCCACAAGGUCACGAGUCACUUUAGUUCCGCUGAGACGCCUCAGCAUGAAUUUGACCCCGGAGUGGCCAACAUCCUGCUCUCCGGGUCAGCAAUCUCGACGCUGCUCAAUUUGUUUAAAAUGCACCUCAAGGAGUGCUGCAACAACAACAUGCUGGCCCUUUUCACGCACUUCGACGAGCACGCCUCAAACUAUUCGUGCCUCUCGUCGCUCUGGAAGAUCUUUUGUCUGCUGAUUAACCAUUCGCUCAAGAUCAUGUACGACUCGGAGAUAAUAGAGAUGGAGGACAGCGUGAAGCCGCUGAUGAGCGUCGAGGACGCAAUCUGGCUCUCGAAGAUAUUCAACUACAUGUUUUGGUACAAGAUCACAAACAAGAAGAUGAGCGAGGUCGAGUUCGCGAGGAGCAACUUCUACCCGCACGCCCAGGUCUGCAAGUGCAACAUAGAGGUGAAGCUUCCGGGCCUCUACAACUACGCCACUCAGAGCGUGAUUCCGAGCAACUUAUCGCAGUACAACGCCAACACGUCCUCGGCGUACAACUUCUCCGAGGAGUCCAUCGAGGCCGGGCUUCUUUCGAGGAAGUUCAACGAGCGCUUCUACAGGCUGACGGGGACCAACUCCGAUAUUUGGAUUAUUCCCGAGGCCGAACACGCGAUUAUGCAGUACAUUAACAAUGAAUCGAAGGGGGACGUGCUCAAAAUUCUGGAUUACAUUCCUCACACGAUAAGCUUCAAGAACAGGCUGAUGGUCUUCUACAACUACAUUUCCAAGGACAAGUCGGUCUCCAGGAACCCUAUGGCCCAGUUCAUGGGCUCCUCAGUGUACAUAAUCCGGCGGCCCUUCAUAGUCGAGGACGGGCUCAGCACUCUCGGCUCGCUCAACAACCAUCAGCUUAAACAGGUUUUCAGGGUCCACUUUGUGGACGAGAACGGCAUCGAGGAGCAGGGCGUGGACGGCGGAGGCCUCUUCAAGGAGUUUCUGAUCACGCUUUGCACCCUCAUUUUCGAUCCCACCUACGGCAUCUUUGAGGAGAUUCCGGAGGAGCGCAGCUAUUACCCGUGCCCAAACUCAGGCUUAAUUCACGAAAACCACCUGGAACUUUUCUGCUUCAUUGGGAAGAUCGUCGGCAAGGCGCUGUAUGAGCAGAUUCUCAUUGAGCCCGUUCUCUCCAGGCUCAUCCUCAACUUGAUUUUGAAGAGACGAAAUACCCUCGACGACCUCAAGCUGUUUGACGGCACUCUCCAUAAAAACAUUACGAGCCUGAGGAACAUGUCCGAGGACGAGAUUGGCUGUUUGGGCCUCACUUUCACCUGCACGCAGGUCUGCUUCGGGAGCACCUUCCAGGAGGACCUGGUUGAGAACGGCCGGAACAUCAAGGUCACCAAGGACAACGUUGAGAACUUCAUUCACCAGUUUUCCAACUUCAAGUGCAACAAGCUCAUCGAGGCGCAGUGCUCCGCAUUCCUGCAGGGACUUUCCAGCAUCAUUCCACUUGAGUGGCUGCAGAUGUUUUCUCCCUCGGAGCUGGAGCUGCUCAUUUCGGGCUCCUCAGACGCCAUUGACAUCAGCGACUUGAGGAAACACACCGUUUACGCUGGAGGCUUUGAUGAAAACAGUUCUACUAUCCAGUGGCUUUGGGAAAUACUGGACGAGUACGAUAAUAAUCAGCGCAGUUCUUUCCUUUGGUUCGUAACAUGCUGUAAGAGGUCCCCUCUCAUGGGCUUCAAACAGCUCCAGCCUCCCUUCUGUGUUCAUAAAGAGCCAUAUUCCGACAGGCUUCCUUCCGUUUCCACCUGCUUAAACUUAUUGAAGUUGCCUGAGUGUUCUUCCAAGGAUGUUUUGAAGUGCAAAAUUCACGACGCCAUGUCCCUUUCAAAGGGCUUUGGUCUGCACUAA